GACGAACACGGAAGUGGACCGGAAAGGGCAGGAAUAUUUCGCGCCAAAUUGAAACAAUACACUGGCAGUGUGUGCGGCGGCGGGACGGACGAGCUGAGACACAAACCAGCGGACACCAGGCGCAGUCUUCCAGUCACUUUGACCCCACAUCAGUCACGCGAACAUGGAGGAGGCCAACAAGCUGAUCGGCACCGGCAAGAAGCACCUGGUGCUGGGGAAGGUGGUGGAGGCGGUCAGCGCCCUGCAGGAGGCCUGCGGCCUGCUGGCUAAGAAGUACGGCGACACAGCAGACGAGUGUGGAGAGGCGUUCUACUGGUGUGGGAAAGCGCUGCUGGAUUUGUCACGGAUGGAGAACUCUGUCCUGGGAAACGCUCUGGAGGGAGUGCCGGAGGAGGAGGAGGACAAAGAGAAACCUAAAGACUCCAACGUGGAGGGCACAGAAAACAUCGAUGAGAAGACCAGAGAUGAGCUGAGGGUUCAGGUGUACGACGCCAUGGCGGAGAAGCAAAACGAGAAGGACGGCGAGAAAGUCGAAGGGAAGCCGAGCGAAGACGCAGAGAAGAAUACGAAAGGUGACGUAGAAACAGCAGAGGCUGCCGAUGGACAAGAGAAGCCAGCAAAGGAAAAGGGAGCUGAGGAGGAGGAGAAGAAGAAGAGCGAGGCGAGCGGGAGCAAAUCUGCAGGAAGUGAAGCCAAGAAGGAAAAAGAGUGCGAGAAGGAAGGCGAGGAUUCGGCAGACAAGCCCGAGGAAGCAGAAGAUGCUGAAGAAGAAGAAGAAGAAGGGGAGGAAGACGACGGUGAUGAUGUAGACAUGGAGGGUGACGCACAGCAAGGCGACGCCGCCGCUGAGAAGGAGAGUGAUGAUGAUGAUGAGGAGGAGGAGGAGGAGGAGGUGGGGAACCUGCAGCUGGCCUGGGAGAUGCUGGAAGUAGCCAAAGUCAUCUACAAAAGGAAAGAGUCUAAGGACGAUCAGCUGAUGGCGGCUCAGGCUCACCUGAAACUGGGUGAAGUUUCUGCUGAAUCUGGAAAUUACACGCAGGCGCUGGAGGAUUUCCAGGAGUGUCUGAAGCUGCAGGUUAAGCACUUGGACUCCGACAGCCGCCUGCUCGCCGAGACUCACUACCAGCUGGGCCUCACCUACAGCCUGGACCUCCAGUACCGGCAGGCGGUGGACGAGCUCAACAGCUCCAUCUGCGUCAUCAAGAGCAGGCUGGGCAAACUGCAGCAGCUGCUGGACAAGUCCGCGGGCCCUGAGGCCCUGCCCGGCGAAAGGAAGGAGAUGGAGGAGCUGAAGGCUCUGCUCCCGGAGAUCCAGGAGAAGGUGGAGGACGCCACAGAGGGGCUGAAGACGGCGAGCACCGCCUGUGAGGCGCUGAAGGGCGCCCUGGGCGGAGCCUCCACCUCCUCUGCCUUCGCUGAGGCCGCUCUAGAGAAAGGUGACGCUGCCUGCAGUUCAAAAGUUAACGGCACAUUCACUAACGGAGUCGCUUCUACCAACGGACACGCUGCCGCAGCUCCGGUCUCUAACAUCUCCCACCUGGUCCGGAAGAAGAGGAAACCGGAGGAGAGUCCCGUGAAGGAAGGCGCGGUGAAGAAGGCGAAGCAGGGGACCAACGGAGUCGACAAAGCCACCAACGGACACACCGCCAGCAUGGAAGUGGAGAGUCAGUGAAGCCGGAUUCCCUCCAGAGUUUUGUCUCCACACAAGAAGAGAUUCACCGUCCUGCCAACCCGUUCCUCCUCCUACACUUGUUUGCUCUUGUAAAUACGUGUAUCUUUUUUGUGUCUGUUAUGUUGAUUGUUCAUGUAUGUGACCUAUGAAUUUGAAUAAAGAAUGUUGUUUGAUAACA